AAUUAGGGGCGGCUGGCUUGACUGCUACUUUACGAGUGGAGGCUGGCUUGACCGCAGUCCAUUAAACACCACGAAGAAAAAGUCAGUGUAGUCGUUGAGGUGCAGCUGUAGUCGACGUCAAAAUGUUGAAAGAAUUGGUGAGGGAGCGACUCAUUGCGGCCGCCGAUGAAAUCUUCGGACUGUUUGAAAAGACGAUAGCGUCGUACGAGGAGGAACUUUGCCGAGCGAGAGAGGAGAACGAGCAACAAAGACAACAACUGGAAGCAGUUUGCAAGACUCAAAUUGUGCUACGCGUCGAAGAUGUCCAGCAGUUGAUUGGUCACCCCCCUCAGCAGCAGUUGCAGAGUUCCUGUUUGGAUGAGGAGCAUCCACAGCCCCCCUGUGUUAAUGAGGAAGAUCCACAGCCUCUCCAUGUGAAGGAGGAAGAGGAGGAUCCAGAGCCCCUCCAUGUUAAGGAUGAAGAGGCGGCUGAUGUCAGCAAUUUACCACUGACUGGAUUUUCUACGCAGAGUGAAAAUGAGGCAGAGCUGUCACAGCUUCCUCCUCGCAGUCCAAGUGGAGACCACCGUGGAGGGCCGCCAUUGGAAGACCUCUUUGCUCCACUGUCAGACAGCGACAACAUGGAAGAAACCUAUAGCAGCGUUGUAGAGUGGAAAGGUCAGAAGAAGAAGACUAAGCAAAAGCGUCAAAAAUGUUUCGCCUGCUCAGUUUGCGGUGAAAGAUUUGUUAGAAGACAAAACAUGCUUAGACACAAGAGAACCCACGUGGGGGGGAAAUCUUUCUCUCAAAAGCCCCUUUUUACAGCACACCGGGGAAAACACACGGACGAAAGACAUUUCAGGUGCCCAGUGUGUGGUAAAACAUUCAAACAAAAGUCAAGGUCAGUAUCACAUAUGAGAAUGCACACUGGAGAAAAACCCUAUAGUUGCUCAGUUUGCGGUAAAACAUUCUCUCGAAAAGACAGCAUUGGAAUGCACAUGAGAACCCACACGGGAGAAAAACCUUUCGCUUGCACAGUAUGUGGGAAGACAUUCACUCAUAAGUCAAACACUGUAAUGCACAUGAGAACGCACACGGGAGAAAAACCAUUUAGUUGCUCAAAUUGUGGGCAAGCCUUCCAUCAAAAGUCACACCUGGAGUCACACAUGAGAACAUACACAGGAAAAAAGUCCUUUUGUUGCUCAGUGUGUGGCAAUCGCUUUACUUGUAGGCCGGCUUUCACGACACACAUACGGACACACAACACAGAGGGUGUGUUUGAUGCUGCAAAGUGACCAAGGCUCUCAAUUGUUGUAUAUUCACACUGGAGUGAGGAUCUAGGAGCUACCACAGAGAAGCUGUUGUCAAGGAAACUGGGAAAGUCCACUCAUUAUAUUAAAAAAAACUUUUUUUUACCGGCAUUACCAGAUAACUAGCAACCCUUUAUUGCUGUGUGAUUUUUUUUGUCAAUGUCUUUGUCUCAAAGUGUUCUGUCAAUUGACUGUCUGUUGUCGUACUAGAGCGGCUGCAAAUACCGGAGACAAAUUCCUUGUGUUUUUUGGACAUAGUUGGCAAAAAAAAAAGAGGAUUCUGAUAACAGCUCUGCAUAUGUAAUGGUCUGCUGCGAGAGACUGAACUAAUACAUAAAUCAAGUUUUAUUAAACAGGUUUUUGGA